UUCACCCACCGUCCUCAUGGCGUCCGAGCUGUUCUCCGAGUCCGUGCUGAAGCCCGUGCGGGUCGGCCAGGCGGUGAUGGAGCUCCUGCAGGACCAGGCUGAGGACCAGCAGGGCGGCGUGUUCGGGAUCACGGCUAUGCUGCUGGGGUGCGUGUGCGCGCUGAUGGCUCUGUGGAACCGCGCCAAGAAAAAAUCCUCCAUGCCAGGUCCUUCUUUCUGUCUGGGGGUGGGUCCUCUGCUCACAUACGGUCGGUUUAUCUGGACUGGGCUUGGCACAGCCAGCAACUACUACAAUCAGAAAUAUGGAGACAUAGUGAGAGUGUGGAUCAGCGGACAGGAGACCGUCAUCCUCAGCAGGCCGUCAGCGGUGUACCACGUUCUGAAGAGCUCUCAGUAUAACUCCCGUUUUGGCAGUACUCCUGGUCUGCAGUGUCUGGGGAUGCAUGAGCAGGGGAUCAUCUUUAACUCCAACGUCGCUGCCUGGAAGAUCGUCCGCUCUUUCUUCGCCAAAGCGCUGACUGGUCCAGGGCUGCAGAGGACGAUGGAGAUUUGCAUCGCCUCCACAAACUCACACCUGGACGACCUGCCUCAUCACACAGACGCACAGGGGCAGGUAGACGUCCUGAAUUUUCUGCGCUGCAUCGUGGUGGACAUCUCCAACAGACUGUUCCUGGAUGUUCCUUUUGAUGAGCAGCAGUUGUUGUCCAAGAUUCACAAGUACUUUGACACUUGGCAGACCGUUCUAAUCAAACCAGAUAUUUACUUCAAACUGAAGUGGCUGCACGAGAAACACAAAGCUGCUGCUCAAGAACUGCAGGAUGCCAUUGAGGAGCUGAUAGAGAAGAAACGGACUCAAUUAUCUCAGGCUGACAAACUAGACCACCUUAACUUUACUGCCGAGCUCAUAUUUGCACAGAGUCACGGUGAGCUGACGGCGGGUAACGUUAGGCAGUGUGUGUUGGAGAUGGUGAUCGCUGCUCCGGACACGCUCUCCAUCACCCUGUUCUUCAUGCUGGUGCUGCUGAAGCAGAAUCCAGAGGUAGAGCAGAAGAUUCUCAAGGAGAUCCAAACUGUUAUGGGUGGUAAAAAGCUGGAGAACUCUGAUCUCCCUCAGCUCUGUGUCCUCGAGAGCUUCAUUAACGAGUCCAUGCGGUUCCACCCUGUCGUGGACUUCACCAUGCGCCGAGCCCUGGACGAUGACGUCAUCGAGGGCUACAAGGUGUCCAAGGGGACGAACAUCAUCCUGAACGUGGGCCGCAUGCACAGAUCAUCGUUCUUCAGCAGCCCAGACCAGUUUAACCUGAGCAACUUCGACAAAAUGGUGCCAAACCGCUUCUUCCAGCCGUUCGGUUCGGGUCCUCGCUCCUGCGUGGGGAAACAUAUCGCCAUGGUGAUGAUGAAGUCCAUCCUGGUGGCUCUGCUCUCCCGGUACUCGGUGUGUCCCAAGCUAGACUGCACCGUGGACAGCAUCUCCCAAACCAACAACCUCUCACAGCAGCCCGUAGAGGACGAACACACACUCAGCGUCCGCUUCAUCCCCCGCAGCACACACACACACACGCUGCAGGAGGUUCCCGGAACACACUCGUAACUCCCCCGGUGGAGGUAAUGCUGGAUUAAUCUGUUUAUCUGCUGCGCUUCUUUAGUGUUGCACUGGACCUGAAUAUGAAAUAGAAAAUAUUAAAUUAUCAUCCAUAAUAGACUCGUUUAUGUGGAUUCUCCCUUGUAAAAAGGAAGUAUACUUAAGAGCAUUAAAAGUAUGUUCAGAUUAAGUAAAGAUUACUAAAAGUGCAUUUUUAAUUUACUAUACUUAAAAAAAAAAUACACAUUGAAUAUACUUUCUCUGUAUUUCCAUACAAUUUAUUUUUAAUCAAUAUGCUUUAAAUUAAAUGUUGUUUGGAUACAAUAUAUACAGUCAUAUGAAAAAGUUUGGGCACCCCUAUUAAUCUUAAUCAUUUUUAGUUGUAAAUAUUUGGGUGUUUGCAACAGCCAUUUCAGUUUGAUAUAUCUAAUAACUGAUGGACACAGUAAUAUUUCAGGAUUGAAAUGAGGUUUAUUGUACUAACAGAAAAUGUGCAAUAUGCAUUAAACCAAAAUUUGACCGGUGCAAAAGUAUGGGCACCCUUAUCAUUUUAUUGAUUUGAAUACUCCUAACUACUUUUUACUGACUUACUGAAGCACAAAAUUGGUCUGGUAACCUCAUUGAGCU